GAUGAUUAUGGAGAUGUUGGGAAGUUGACUCUGCUCCCUCGCCUUAUUUUUUUCGAAUUUACAACUGAAUGGAUGAAUGGAUUACAAAGUCUAUCCCGGAAGGUCCCGAACUAAGAAGCCAAUUUUCACCCCGAAACCCAAGGCUACUCACUGUGAAUGUACGGGGGGGAGGUGCAGAAGACGUUCAAGAUAUUUUGUGGAAAUCUGGCAGGAGCGACGACGAAGGAAGACCUGCACUACCUCUUUUCUCAAUAUGGGCCUGUUAUUGAGGCAGUUGUGGUGACCAGCAAGGACUUUGGAUUUGUGCAUAUGGCAUAUGAAGAGGAUGGAUGGAAAGCAAUAUGUGAACUGCGCGGUUACUAUCUUCAUGGCAGAGCCAUGGCAGUGGAAGCCUCAAUCAAUACCAAGAAAGCAGCUCCACUGCACAAACAGAAUAUUAUAGGCAAAGGAAUGAGCUCUUUAGAUGAUUUUAAUGAAUUCACCGUGUCGAAACCUCGAGGCCAGGAACACCGUGAUGCUCACUCCGAGAGCUACCCCCCAUUUCGAAAAACAGAAUCUUCUACCACCCACUCUGCUCCCCCAGGCUUGUUCUCGUAUCCCCCACCAGCACAUAGUUCUUCUUCUUCCACCUCUUCUGCUUCCACCUCCACCACUGCCUCCUCUUCCUCUUCUGUGAACCAGCCCUCUCCCUUGGGGUCAGCCUCUUCCUCGCGCUCACAGGUUUCACCCAUGUCCGAUCUCUCCUCGGGGAAGACGCUCAAUGCCAUUAAGGAGAGAGAACUACCCACCAAAGUCCAGCCUGUAGAUGCCAACUCCAACCCAAUUCAUGAAGCCAAUAACGAAGUGCCCGAGCGUCAUUUACAGAAAAAGUCUGCCCUGUGCGAGACCUGUUGCUCUGAGUUCGAUGAGUGGCAGCACAAACCCAAGAUUCUCAGCUGUGGUCAUACGUUUUGCCUCGACUGUCUCAUCUGCCUGGCACGGGACACAGAAGUCAAGUGUCCUGCUGGUUGUUCUUACACGACUGCUCUCACCGAGGCUGGUAUUUCGGGGCUAACUACAAAUUACACUGUGCCGAUUAAAAAAUAUCCCGGAACGAACAUCCCUUCCCCAUUGCCUGUUAUGCCACCAGGGUAUGGCCACCAGAAUGGAGCACAAAGCAGGGCAGGCAGCAGCCCCAUACCAAUGGUGUGUUGUACCUGUCCUAAAAUUCCGGCCAUGGACAUGUGCAGCAACCAGGGCCAUCAGUUGAUUCCUGAGGACCAGGCGCGUGACAUCCUACGAGGCCAGCUGCAAAGCAACCUGGAGGUGGCCCUCAAGCAACUGCGACACACAAUGGCCAUGAGAGCAGCCAUGAAGGAACGGCUUGAGCGAACGGUGCUCAGUGUGGAGAAGUUUGUGGAAGAACUCAGGGGAAAGGUUGAAGGGGAGGAGCUUGAGGAAGCAGUAUUACAGGAGCACCUCACCAACCUGACUAUGAUCAGUGAGACACUGUCUGAAAAUAAUUCAAUCGCGCAUUUAAUUGAUUCCCUCCAAAUAGUUCAUUCUUAUACUUCAAUAAUCACCAAUCAGUUCAGUCAGUGUGCUGCUGUUACAGCAAUCAACCAUGCAACCGAAGCAAUCGUCAUAAAACUGAAGCAGUCUGCUCUGGAUUCUUUGCUAUCCACCAUAGGCUUUAGAAAUGAAGAACCCUUUGUCAUGACCUCCUCCCUGGAAGAGCAUGCUAUGUAUGGGAAUAAUGCAAAUGUGCUGCUACUCUAUAUGCUGUCUGACCUUCUGUCCUCUCGAAUGUUACAGCUGAGUUCUGUUAGUCCUAUGAGCCCCCUCAGCCCUAACCACCCACCCCCUCUAACUUCUUCCAACUCAAUGCAGUCCCCCUUGGCCACAGCUGUCACCUCCACCCCAAUUCUCCAAGACAGCCUAGGCCUAACUCACUCUAAAGUUGGAGAAAUGAAGACUCAUGAAAUGGGCGGCAUGAAUAUCGAACACAUAUUGCAGAUGACGGAGGCCAUUGAAACCGGUUCACUCUUAAAUACAACAGAUGGAAUGACACCAAUGUCUGUAGGUGCCUCUGCUGUGGGUUCCAAUGCAGUACCUUCUGCUCUUUCUUUGGGGCUAUCCAAUCUCUCCCUCUUGGUGUCAGAAAGCACGGAAAAUGGGAAGGAUGAUGUAGAAUCUUUAACAGACAAAAGGGAGGUCUCAUCAUCUUAUGUUGAUGCUGCCAAAAAGCCAGCCAAGCCCACCCCUCCACCUGAGAAUUCGUCUAAGCUAACCAUUGCCAAUGCUCUCCCCCCCAUAACAAAGCCAAGUAAAUUCCCGCACUGCUGGAUGGUGCUUUCAAUUAAUGGGCUGACAGCUGGACGCAUUAUCUUUGAGUUGCGGCCUGAUAAGGCCCCAAGAAUGUGCGACAAUUUCAUUGCACUUUGCACAGGCAAGAAUGGUUAUGGCUACAAGGGUACACACUUCUUCAGGAGUGGGGAGGGAUUCCUGGCAGGUGGGGAUGUGGAGAAUGAUGAUGGCAGUGGUGGGUACUCAGCCUUUGACAAGAAAACCUUUGAGGCUGACCUGUGCCCCCUCAAGGACGAGGUGGGCAUGGUGCGCUUUAAGGGCAUUGGCACCACAGAUGCUGGCCGUGGCAUGAUUGGCUCACAGUUCAUGAUCUGGUGUGGUGAGCGUGAGUUCAAGAAAUUUGCAUACAGUCUUGUCUUUGGCAAGGUGGUGGACGGCCUGGAUGUGGCCAAAAAAGCUGCUGCCAUCAAUGUCCACCGUGUGUCUGUUAAAGUGGAGGAUUGCGGUGCGAGAGUCUAAAUGCUUUCUGUUCCCUGUGUUUUCCGUCAGUGGUAAUUGGUUUGUCUUGUUCACUAUUCAGCCCAAGAAAAAAAAAAUAUUUAGGGGAAAUACAGGUCCAAAAGACACAAAACUUAGAGUUUCCUCCAAAUGUGCCUUACGAUGUGCCUUUUUAUUUUUGUGGCAUUACAUGUUUCCAAUUUCCCUUUUCCAAAUACAAAAUGAGUAUAGACGAUUUCAAAGGAGGAAUAAUUGCCAGUAAUUGGAAAACAUGUUCACUUGUUACAGAUAUAACAGGUGCAUUCGGAAGGUAGAUAUAUUUUACAAAUUCUGUAGAACUAAUGAAAAAAAGGGAGGAAAAAAUUAUUUUUAUUUUUUCAAAUCAAAAUGAAUAGGUAAAGCCAAAAUAUUUGAAGAGUAUACUAAAAUUACACUAAGCAGUACUUUUACAAUGAUUUUACAUUGUUAUUAGUAGUGGCAGUAGCAACAUUGGUAUACUAUGUUAAUAUCAUUAAUAUUGAUUGUAAUGACAUCAUCAAAAUUAGUAAUAUUAUUAUCAUUAUCAUUAUUAUCAUUAAAUUUUUUGUUAUUGAAAUAGCUUCUACCACUUAUUCUAUAAUACUUGUCACUUAUAGUAUUAUUAUUAUCAUUA